GGCAUAACCCUAGAGCCGAUGUCCUGCUCAAAGCAAAUGGGCACACCUUCAUACAGCAACAUUAGAUUCAAAGGAAAACAAAAAACUCUAGACCAAAUUGCUGAGCCGUUAGAGAAUAACCUUAGAGCCGAA